AUGUGUUUUCAAUCAUCAUCAUCCGAAUCAUCAUCAUCAUCAUCAUCCAAAUCAUCAUCCGAAUCAUCAUCAUCAUCAUCAUCAUCAUCAUCGUCCAAAUCAUCCGAAUCAUCAUCAUCAUCCAAAUCAUCCGGAUCAUCUAAAUCAUCAUCAUUAUGGCUACAUAUCAAAAUUUUAUUGAAUUUUUCAAUCUAUAAUGAUCAAUUAACUAAUCAUUUGCAUCCAGAACUUCAGAAAAUUGAUUAA